GCAUAGAUGUCCGCCGGCGCAUGUGAUUUACCAGAAAGUACAGAGAACGGGGAAAAGACAAUUCCCUCGCCGCAAUUACUAGAGAUUGUAUUGGAGCUGAUCGUACGGGCAGUCAGCAUCCUGUGUCUGAGUUCGGGACAGUUGCCGCUGUAGCCUUUAAAAACCACUCUGCUCUGCGUUUGUGAGCAAACUUUCGUUCUGGCAAAGAAGACUGGAUUCUACACCUUUGUAAAAAGAACCGGAAUAUAACGAACAAACUAUUUUUUUCCCAAUUUUCUAUUCUUAUUAAUGAUGACGACUAGUGGUGGUGCGAACUGAAUUGAGGCACUAUGUGGCCAGUGUGACUGAAUUACACAUUCUCUGGGGAAAUUGUUCCUCCUCAUUUUUUGGGGAGUGGGACACCAGACUUUCACUAAAACCACAAUAUGCAUGAUGUGCCCAAACCAGGGUCCACAUUCUGCCCAGUAAUGCAAGCUCAAAAAUGACUUUUCAACCAGUAUAUCUAGAUGCAUAACUUCCUAUGGAUCGAACAACAGAACACCAUGCGCGGGCUUAAAGAAGAGUUCCAAUGCCUCUCCGAAUUCCACAAGGGAAUAUGAGAACUUCUCCACUCUGUCUUUCUGAGAUACUAGCAGCACAAGACAACAGGACCGACCAGGCUACCGGCACGAUGCCCGUCGAAGCCAUCUACAUCGUGAUGGAGGUGAUCAUCGCAGUGACUUCGGUGAUCGGAAACGUGAUGGUUAUCUGGGCGGUGCGGAUCAAUCGUUCGAUGCGAGACACCACCUUCUGUUUCAUUGUGUCUCUGGCUCUGGCGGACAUUGCGGUGGGGGCUCUGGUCAUCCCGCUGGCCAUCACCAUCAACAUCGGUUUCGAGAUGCACUUCUACAGCUGCCUGCUGGUCACAUGCAUCGUGCUGGUGCUCACGCAGAGUUCCAUCCUCGCGUUGCUGGCCAUCGCUAUCGACCGUUACCUGAGGGUGAAAAUACCCAUGAGCUACAAACAUGUGGUGACACGGCGGCGUGCAGGCGCGGCGGUGGUGGUGUGUUGGAUGGUUGCCAUAGUGGUUGGCCUGACGCCCAUGCUGGGCUGGAACAACCGGCAGUGUCUCCAUGACAACGUCUCCCAGGUGAUGUGUAAGUUUGAGAAAGUCAUCAGCAUGGACUACAUGGUCUACUUCAACUUCUUCGGGUGGGUGCUGCCGCCCCUCGUCCUCAUGCUGCUAAUCUAUGCUGAGAUAUUCUACAAGAUACACCACCAGCUCAACAAGAAGGUGACGGAGAGCCACAUAGACCGCAGCCAUUACUACAGUAAGGAGCUGAAACUAGCCAAGUCAUUGGCUCUGGUCCUCUUCCUGUUUGCCAUCAGCUGGCUUCCUCUAAACAUCCUCAACUGCAUCACGCUGUUUAGCCCAAACAGUGACAAGCCCAUGCUUCUCAUCUACAUCGCCAUCCUGCUCACACACGGCAACUCCGCUGUGAACCCCAUUGUCUACGCAUUCCAGAUCAAGAAGUUCCAGAAUGCGUUCCGGAAGAUCUGGAAGCAAUAUGUGCUGUGUAGGGACCCGGUAGGCAAGCUGCCCCAGAGAGGGAGUCAGAGGUGCCAGAGCAGAUUGGAGAGGAUGUUGAGGACGAACGAUGAUAACAAUUAUGUCUGAUCUGGUGAUGAAGGUCAUAGGGGGGCACGGGUCUGUCGCAUCCCGCAAUGUGUAUGUUGUUUGGUGUGGCGUUCUUUUAUGCUUUUUAAAUUUGUACACUUUGUUUGUUAACCAUCUGUCAAUGAUGGCUUUUCAGUGGUGGGGUGUUGGACUGAUUGUGUUGAUCAUGAACAUACUCGGUACUAAAUUUACUGUUAUGGAAACGCUGCCGGCGCUGCCAGCGGAAUCCAAUACAGCAGAGAGUUUCUACUACAAUGCAACUCAAACAGGAACGUAAUGGAUAUCCCAAUGGCCAAUAUAAUCCCUGAUUGUCUGCGAGUGGAUUACAAACCCAAAUGUAAAUGUGGAAAACGCAAGGGAAUCAGACAGAGAAGUAUGACAGGAUAGUAGACAGUAUAAAUAAAUAAAAAACAUCCCUUACCUACCACCUUGCUGAUCAAUGCGCAGUCACUGAAGGGGAAAGCGGAUGAGCUGUCAGCGAAUCUGCGCCUCCAACAUGAAUACUUGGAGGCCUGUUUGUUGUCAUUUACUGAGACUUGGCUGGAUGAGUCCCAGACAGGGAAGUGGAGCCAGCUGGCUUCACACUGGCCAGAUCGUGAUCUGACCGUCACAGGGACUAGUGGUGUAACUGGAUCCCGGUAAGAGAGAGACUCUGUACCCGCGAUAUUGAACUGCUUUCUGUGUCACUGCGACCCUACUAUCUGCCCUGUGAGUUCCCCCAAUUGUUUGUUACCGUUGUGUACAUUCAACCGAAAGAUAAUAUAGCAAAGGCAUCAGAUAUUAUUUAUAAUCUGUCACAGAAACUGGGUACCAUCUCCCCCGACGCACCCACAUUUAUUUUAAGGGAUUUUAACAACAGCACUUUGCACAAGGUCCUGCACACGUACCACCAGUAUGUGAAAUGUCACACUAGGAAAAACAAGACUCUUGACCUGUGCUAUGGGACCAUACCAAAUGCUUUCUCUGCCACCAACGGACCUCCCCUGGGGACAUCUGAACACAAUGUUGUCUACCUCCAGCCAACCGACUGUUAGCUCUUGGAGAGGGAGAAACCUACAGUUAAAACUGUCCAGAUCUGGAACGACCACAGUAUCACUCCUCUCCAAGGGUGUUUUGACUGUACUAUGUGGGAAGUAUUUGAAGACAGCAGCUCUGAUCUUAACAAACUCACAGAUGUUGUUUCAGACCGUGUCAACUUCUGUGUUGAGUCAGUUGUGCCUAUUAAAACCAGUAAAGAAUUCCCUAACAAUAAGCCUUGGGUAUCAAAACAUCUAAAAUCACUACUUGAUAGGAAGAAGGCAGUUUAUGCUGAGAGUGAUAGACAGGCUUUAAGAGAUGUACAACGUGAGAUCAGUUUAUGCUGAGGGUGAUAGACAGGCUUUAAGAGAUGCACAAUGUGAGAUAAAAGACAGAUACUAGUGGACAAGGAGGCAUACAUGCAAAGGGUGGAGAGGACCCUCUCCUCAGGAAACUCAAGGGUGGCCUGGCAAAAGAUUAAAUACAUGGCUCAUGCCACCCAGGGGAAAAAACCAAUGCUGACCUUGGGAGACAUGAGGGCCAGAACAAGGCUAAUGAACUGAAUGUUUUCUUCUCAAGAUUUGAAUCAGACGACUUAGGAAGCAAACAAACAAAUGGAAGCAUCAUUACAAGCGUUUGAGAGGGUUGUUGUUAAACAGGCUGAUGUUUUGAAGUUGUUCAGUGGAUGUAAUGCACAAAAAAGCCCAGGCCUGGACAAAAUAAGUGGACAUUGAAGCACUGUGAUGAACAAAUAGUUGGUGUUUUUACAGACAUUUUCCAAUCCUCGCUCGACCGGCAACUGUGGUGGAAUAUUGACUCAGAAAUAUAACACAUUUUCUAGAACUUGUGAAUUCAAAUGAGACUUUAAUACAAGGUAGCAAAGCCGAGCCCUUCCACGUAAAGACUCUUUUACAAACGUAACAGAGCCGAGCCCCUCCAUGGAAAAUACUAAAUUCUCAUAUUACAGAGUCCUGCCUUUAUAGGAUUCUGUCUUUGCAUAACGUAUAAAGUCCCCUCCUUCUAUAUGAAAAUAGCUUCCCUUGACCUUUCUUUAUAUCAUCAUUUUUCCAUCUCAGUUCUUGCUUGUUAACACCCACAUCUGACAGCUGUAUGGGUUAUAAUGGUAGCAGGGCCCUGGUCCUAUACUGGUCCUAUAUGUUCCAUUCCUUAUAUGGCCAUUCUUUCUUAGCUCUCCAACAUGAACAGCUUAGAUGCUGCUAAUAAUGGAAAUGUAAUCGAUAGUCAUGGGUUUUGCUCCAACACAACACAUGCCAGUAUUGUGGAAAAACUCAAUAAUUAUACCCAUUCCUAAAGCAUCUUAGCCCUCUUUGCUGCAUGACCCUGUCACCUUGACAUCCUUAGGAAGGAAAUGCUUUGAGAAAAUUGUGAAAGGUCAUAUUCUCAGCACCACCCGUUUCAGUUUGCCAAUCAGCCCAGCAGAAGAGUUGAUGAUGCCAUUCUCACUCUCCUCAACAUGAUCUACAGACAUCAAGAGGGCACCAAAUCCCAUGUUAGUGUUCUGUUUGUUGACUUUUCUUCUGCCUUCAACACAAUCCAGCCUUAUAUUCGGGCACAGAGACUCAUAAGUGACUUCUCCUGAGAUGGGGGGCUGGUUUUGUGGCUGUUGGACUUCCUGAGCCAGAUGUCACAGCGGGUCAAGUUGGGUCCCCGAGUGUCGGACAUAUGCACCACCAACACAGGCUCCCCACAGGGAUGUGUUUUGUCCCCACUCCUGUACAUUUUGUACACCAAUAGUUGUACUAGUUCCCAUCCUGACAGACACCUAGUUAAGUUCGCUGAUGACACUGCCUUGAUCAGCCUGUUGCAUGAUGACGAGGAACAACAUGGCCCUGUCCUAAAUGACUGUGUGGAGUGGUGUGAUGAAUCACACUUGGUCCUCAGCACCAACAAGACCAAAGAGAUGUGCAUAGACUUCAAGAAGCGUACAACACCUAACUCUGCAUCAUCUGUCAGAGGUCAGAACAUAGAGAUUGUAGAGGAAUACAAAUACCUGGGUGUCCUCUUGGACAAUAAGCUUCAGUGGAGUAAAUGUACAGACCUGAUCUACUAAAAGAGUCAACAGAGACUGUACUUUCUAAAAAAGCUGGGAUCUUUUAAUGUUGAGAGUAUUUCAACUUUUUGUAUUGUUUGUUGGUUUGGCAAUUGCCCGUGUUAGCCAGAUAAAGAUCCUGAGAAGGAUUAUCACCACAGCAAGCAAGGUACUUAGAGUCAAACAGACAGGCCCUCAGUAAGGCUCAUAAAAUUAUUUUUAGACCCAAGCCACCCCCUGUACCCGGACUUUGAACUACUCCCCUCUGGGUGCAGGUCUAGGGCACCCCCUGGCAUGAAAACCAAACUAGACAAUAAUUUGUGCCAGGUGUGAUAUCCCUCCUAAACAGUUCAGGCUGAUGUUCCUAUCGACCCAGUAAGGCCAGCAGGCUAGUCUUUUUUUAUUUGGAUGUAACUGUUAUGAAUAUUGUGCUGUCAAUUAGUGGUAUUGUCAUGUACAUGUUUAAACACCACGUUAAACAUGUACAUGAUACUGCAGCAACAUUUCCCCACGGGGACAAUAAAAUAAGUAAGUAAGUAAGUGAAGAUGUCAGGAAUACUGGAUUAUAAGAGCAGAAGGAUGAACAUGACAAUGGUUUCUCUGUUGAUUCGCCUGCUGGUUAGAGAAUUAUGAUUGGAUAAAGAGGUGGAGGUGGUGGGAAGGAUCCUAACCCUGCAGUGAUUGAACUGAAGGAGGGUAUGGAGAAGGGACCCUAUCCCUAACCCUUGACAGAAUCGAGGGGGACCCUAACCUCAGUUUGACCCCACACAGUGAGGAAGUUCUGUCAAGGAAUGUUCCUAAACGAGGGUUGAAAUGUUACCUCACACAGGCUGAACUAACUAUCCACAGGUGGCUGGGUUCCCACACCGUAACCGUGGGUGAUCUAAUCUCUCUACAUUCUAGAAUGCAGCAGAAUGGCGUCACUCCUAAUACAUCACUAAGGUCCAUCGACUGACAAGACAGGUCGUACUGUCUGACCUGAUGCAAGACAACAGAACAGAACAGACCAAUGGAGAGGUCAGGUCAGAAUGGUGAUUUAGGAUUCCGAAUUAGAAGGAAGGCAGAACUACUAACAAUGACUUCAACCAUCUCCCAUCGGCUUAGGGAACGAUGAUGUGUAAAGGGUGAAGGGGGUAUCCGGCAUGUACCGAUAGGAACCUGUUGAACUAUUUGUAGCACACUAUGGCUGUGUCUGAAAUGACACCCUAUAUAGUGCACAACUUUUUGGGGGGGACCAGAGCCCGCAAAUCACUUAAAACUUGAAAUGGUUCAAACACGCACAGUCAUGAAGAAGGAGCAACAGGAGGUUGAAAAAGUUUGGCAUGGGACCUCAAAUCCUCAAAAGGUUUGACAGCUGUCCCAUUGAGAGCAUUUUGACUAGCUGCCUCACUGCCUGGCAUGGCAAUAGCACCGCCCUCGAUCGCAUGGCGCUACAGAGGGUGGUGUCAUACAUUAUUCAAAAUGUAUGACAAAUCCAAUAAGGAUUGAUCUAAGGGAAAAUACUCUGACAUUGUGGUUUUAAAUACUACAUUUUGUUUAUAAACAAAUGCUCUCGAAACAACUCAGUCUCUGGAUCCGAUUUUGGAGGUGAGGGAGAAGGAUAAAGUGAGUGAGAAAGGUGAGGGGUGAAAGAAGAAAAGGGUGAGGAUGUUGAGGGUGGGGGUGAUGAAGGAGGUGAGUAGAGAGGAGGCAGGCGAGAGGUGAGAGGGGACAUGUAAUUGGACAGAAACCAAUGGUGUGAAGUACUUAAGUAAAAGUACUUUAAAGUACUACAUAAGUAGUUUUGGGGGUUAUCUGUACUUUACUAUUUAUAUUUUUUUUCUUCACUACAUUCCUAAAGAAACU